CGAGCGAGUUGUAUUAUUUGUAUUGUAAAACAAUGAAGGUGUUGUCAAUUUGAUGGUUGAUUACUUUAUUACGUCCAAGUGUUUAAAAUCAUGGACGAACACGCAUUUCCAGCCGCAGAAAGAAUCAUAAACGAUAUUGGAUUGAUUUUUAAAAAGGAUCCGAAACUGAAGGAAUUCCAAAUUCUACCCGUGUCUUUGAAUGAAAAUCGGUCACCAGUUCACCACGUUAACAAUUGCCUCGGGCUAGAGUCAUGGUGUGUGCCGCAUGUCUACUGUUACGCUUAUAAUUUAUUAAUGGAUAUAAGACAACAGAAACGUAGAAGAGAAGACACAGAAUAUACAAACCAUUUGCUGAUGGGGGCCCUGCUGCUCAAUCCAGAGGUUUCUGUUAUGUGGAAUAUGCGUCGGGAAAUGUCAGGACUCGAACCUCAAUCUGAACUGCACUUUACUUCUGUCGUUCUGACCAGAAAACCCAAGAGUGCAGAAGUGUUCGACUACAGAAAAUGGCUCAUCAAGAAGCUGAUGAAAGUGUAUCCAUGUGACCCAGCGCUGGUCGCCUCUGAAGUACACGCAUGUCAGUUAGCAGCUGAGUUGUAUCCCAACAACUACUACGCCUGGAACCACCGUAUCUGGUGUCUCAACCUGCUUCCAUACGACUCUGGCUCGUACGUUUCCUUCCUCGUCUCCGAGUGGAUGCUCACUCACAAGUGGGUGUCCAGUCACAUCUCGGACCACAGUGGCUUCCAGUACCGACAACAUUUGCUGCAAAAGUUUGUAAACUUACCACCCGAUGGCUACAACACCGUAGGAAAAUGUACAACGGACAUCGAACAAUCUGCCACCUGCUCUUUGCAGAUGUUUCUCACAUCGACAGAAAACAAAAAGAGUAAUUUUUUGACAGAAAUGACAAGAACUAUCCUAACAGAGUCUUCUGGAAGCAAGUGUGAGAAUAUGCAGUCUAUUCCACUAGGCUUAAUACUGUCAGAAUUACUCCUAAAUACAGAUCUGAUCGUUGUGUAUCCCGGGCACGAAGCCAUCUGGUAUCAUCGGAGGUUUUUGAUUCAUCUGUUGCGAGAGUGUAUUAGCAAUUUAAGGCUUGAGGCAGAACACAAGGACAGGAACGGGGUUUCACCUGAGAAGACCAAGCGGGUAGAGAGCAUCGGGGAAGGUCUCUUAGAGAGAGUUGUGAGAUUUGAAACAGCUCUGUAUAGCAAGUGUCGGACAGAUAAAGACAGACAAGCUAGUUAUGCUGAAAAGCAUCGAGCGUGGUUAGCGUCCAUCAUGAAGAUCAACCUACAUCUUCCACUGAGAUAGCUAGUGUAACAUUUACAACUAAAAGAAAAAUUUUCUGAUUUUGUUAAUAGUAUACAUAUUAUGACCUGUAUUAAAGUGUGAACUUGUAUUUUUAUAAAUUAAUAUAAUACUGUAUUUAAUAGUAUUUAUUUCUACUUUGUAAAGUAACUAGCUUUUUACUUUAAAAAGGAGGUUGUUUUUCUUCCUACCUCACCUCACCUUAUAGCAAUAUGAAUAACUUUCAAUUUUUGUCUGGUGUUUACUAGUUUUUGCUGUACACAGCCCUAGUUUAUGUACCUCUAGAAAAAAGUCUGUGUGAUUUGUUGGAUCUUGUUCUUUAAUUUUGUUUAGGUAAAUUAAGUUUGCAAAAACUUGGACACAUGAGCAUAAAUGAUACAGCCCUGUUCAUUACAGUAGACUCCCACUAGUUCGGCUUCGGUUGGAUCGGCCGUCGGAUGGUCCGGCCCCAUCUCAGGGGGACAAGUCACGGGUGAAUGGCC